GGUAAAUUUGUUACACUCGUGCUUCUGUUAGCCGUUGGAAGACAGCAUGGGAAGAUACGCGAGAAAGAAACAACACAAGGGGGACAAACCUUUGAAAGAAAAGUACAGACUUAAACGAAAAACAAAAGAUCUGGAUCAAAUUCAAAAAGAUAUGGUUUCCGAGAAUGCGAAUCGUCUGAUGAACCAAGAUGUUGAUCUCGACAAACCCGGAGGAGCGCAGCAUUAUUGCCUUCACUGCGCUAAAUACUUUGUCAGCAACGAAGCAAUCAAAAAACAUUUUCAAGGAAAACCUCACAAAAGAAGAAUGAAGGCCUUAGAGACAGAAGCUUACACACAAGAAGAGGCAGAACGAGCUGCUGGAAUGGGAUCUUACAGGGCACCCAAAAACUUGGGUAAAGUGUGCACACAGUCUGUGAAAGAAGACAUGGAUGUCAUAAGUGACAAUGGAACUGCAUGUUCCAAUGGCUAAGCAAAUCUUUGCACCUCCUUUUAGGCCUUUAUAUUAAAUCUGAUAAUAGGAGUACAUUGUUAACAGGUAUCUGAAUAAUAUCAACACCUGAAAUGCCUGUUAUUGUUCACACCUCGCUCAUCUAAUGAUGGGAGUUGACAGGUGCCAGAGUGUAGUAUCACCAUCUGUAAUACUUAUUUUUGCUGUGCACCUAAGAGAGAUGUUACAGUUUGUUUGCACACACAAUAUCAAGUUUGUUUUUACAUCUUUUUGCACAAACUGCUGCAAAAUAAAUUUCUUUGAUGCAAGUUUUACUAUUGGUCAGUUAAUUAAAAUGUGCAUCAUAAUCAGUUUAGUAUAACAAUCCCAUGCUCAUGUGAAAUACAUAAGCAUGCAAUGGAUAUUAAAUAAUAACAAGCAUAGAGACACCCUGAUUGCAAAAGUGAUUACAUUUAAUGUUUUAAUCUCAAACCAUUCAUCACAAGCAUAUUUUCAAUAAAGCAUUUAGGUUAGUCUUUACAGCUGUUGAGUUUAAUAUCUUUGGGUUUAUGGAGUAGUAUAAAAGGUAGUGAAUCUCUUGAUUAAAAAAUAGAGCUAUGCAGAAAAGUUGAUUAAACAAUGAAGGCAUUUGUCAAGACCAUAAAAUUUAAAGGAAAAGAUAUAAACUAUUAAGAAUUUGAUGUAGUUUGUAGCUUCUGAGCUUGUACAACACUAGUAAUGAAUUGUUAGAGAAUUUUAUAGGCGAAAAAUGUCGCUUAUCACUUGAGAGGAAAUAGAACAGCGAUUCUCAAAGAAUUUCAGACUGCAGAGCACUUAACUGAAGUAAAAAAUAUGGCACACCACCAAGGCUUAAAUCAAUCUAAACCGUGAAUUUUUAAUUUCAGUUGCUGCAUUAGUUUACAAUUCACAACUAAAUGUACUUUUGUGACAUAAAAUUACAUACUUUGCAAAGUUCUUUAUUAAUUAAAAUGAUAAUGU